GAUAAGAGUUUAGACUGUUUAAAGAGUACUAUAAUUAUUUUAUUGCAGUGCUCUGAUACUCUGAUGGAGUUGCAGUUACUUAUUCUAUCCAUUACUAAAUAAACUUUUGAAAAUAAAACAAAUCAAUUAUUAAACCAUGAAACAAUUAACUGAUGACCGAAUGAAAGUAUUUUUCGAAAAAUUGUCAAAAUACAUUGGCUCAAAUAUAAAGUUAUUAAUUGAUCGUUCAGAUGGAAAAUACUGUUUUCGUGAGAAGAAAGAUCGAGUUUAUUAUGUAUCUGAAAAAGUAUUAAAUAUGGGAUCCAUGAUGAAUCCUGAUAACAUAAUUAGUAUAGGUACAUGUUUUGGAAAAUUUACCAAGUCUGGAAAAUUUAGAAUACAUAUAACAUCUUUAGAUUAUUUAGCUCCAUAUGCCCAGCAUAAAAUGUGGAUAAAACCUGCCGCUGAACAGCAAUUUCUGUAUGGUCAUAAUGUUUUGAAAUCUGGUCUUGGGCGAAUUACAGAAAGUACUACUCAAUACCAAGGAGUUAUAGUAUUCUCAAUGAGUGAUGUUCCUUUGGGUUUUGGCGUUGCAGCAAAAAAUACUACUGAAUGCAAGCAUACAGAUCCACUAUCUGUAGUUUGUUUCAAUCAAGCCGAUAUUGGUGAAUUUAUUCGAUGCGAAGAUGAUUUAAUAUAAUAUUUUUACUUGUAUUAUUAUUAUUUAAAAUAUUUUUAAUAAACAACUCAUUGACAUUUUAAA